UCAGGAAGCCCUGCAGAAUCCCCUGCCCCUGCUGCCUAAUGGCUAUCUCAGUCUCUGUGCUGCUGGCUCUGGUGGUGCUGGGCUCCAGUCCUGCGCGCUCUCUGGACUGUGACCUGCGUCUGAGCCAUAGCAGUCCAGAGACCUUCACGCUUUUGAGUCAAAUGGAGAGAGCCUCCAUUCUGUCCUGUCUGAAGGACAGGACCGACUUCAGCUUUCCUCAGAUACUUGUGGAUGGGAACCAGCUUGAGGAGACACAAGUCACGGCUGUCGUGCAUGAGGUCCUCCAGCAGAUCUUCAACCUCUUCAGCAAAGAUGAGUCUUUUGUGACUUGGAAUGAGACCCUUCUGGACAAAUUCCUUGUUGGACUUUACCAGCAGCUGCAUGGCCUGGAGACAUGUUGGAGGGAGGAGAAGAACAUGGAACACUUACCACUGGGAAAUGAGAACUCCAGACUGGCUGUGAAGAGAUACUUCCAAACAAUCAGUUUCUAUCUUAAGGAGAAAGAAUACAGCCGCUGUGCCUGGGAGGUUGUCAGGGUAGAAAUCAGAAGGUGUUUGUUCCUCGUGAACAAGGUCACAGAGAGGUUCAGGAGAUAA